UCCGUGACUGUUAGCCAUUUUCAAGUCGGUCAUCUCGCACGCCGCAUUUCGCCGGAGCCGACUGUUCAAAGUGGAGACCUUUUCCGAGCUCAGGCUAAAGGACAGCGCACUACCAUGUCAACGGACCAUUUUCAAACGAAGUACGCCUCCUUUAUGGAGGUUCUGGUGAAGAGUACUAUCGCGGAAACAACCAAACUUUUUGAAACGGUGGUUGACGAAUUAAAGACAGAAAUAUCGAAGCUAAAAGCGGAGAACGAGGCCCUCAAAACGACAUGCAGACAAAAGACGGAAGCGAGAACCUUUGAGAUCAGUGACUCUGGUCAAAGUAGCCUUUUGACGAUGCAGGAUUCUGCCGUUCAAUGUGACCGUGGCCAGCUUUUUCUGUUCGUGGAACCAGUGGGGCAAAUCAUAAACCAAGAAGGUGAACAAUGUCAAGAAGAGGAAGUGGUGUACCUUCUGCUCAAUAAUCAUGACAGUGACACUCUAGAAGAAGGACAUUCAAGCCCGACAGUUUCACUUCCAAACCACGAGGACUCAGAACCCACUAUAGUCGGCAGAAGCGUAUUGUGUGCAGAUCCACCACCAAUAUCCGCGUGUGGUUCUGAAACUGCUUGCCCUGAGAUUGACCGGCAGUGUUCCAACGAAGAGCUCAAAAAACACCAUGGCACUCAAGUGGCCACAGUUCACACUAGUUUGGAAGAGGAUCGCAAUUUACGCGUUGCACGGAAUCAGUCAACAGAGGCAGCAAGUUAUCUUAACUCACUUGCUACGAGUGACAACAUGGAAGCGGCAUCCGAUUCCGCUCAAGCAUUAGCUGCACUGGGCGCCCAAGAGUGGGAGCCAUCAUAGGUUCGAAUGACGCGACCGUCAGGUGGGGAAACGGAAGUCCAUGAACAAAACGUCCAGUCAACAACGCCGGACAGACUGCCGGGAGAACAAAUGAAAUGUGGCGUGAUGGACGAUGAAACUAGGUGGGAAACAGAGGGGCAAGAAAACAAAUCCGGGAAAAACAGAAAAUGGCCCUCAGAAAGUGUGAAACGCCUGCCAAAGGAAACACUUUUGCUCCCUUCAACCGUUGCUGACGGUGCGCUGCCCGAUGACGCGAACGGUUCAUCUGGUAGUCUAACGGCUUCAUCGUCACAAGCGCCACCGCAUCCGCUCAGGGCACGUAAACACUCGGUCAUGCUCCAGGACGCGAUGCUACUCGUUGAAGCCAUGGGUCAGUCCAAGAAUCGUAUCUCGGCACAAGAAAACCCAACAGCCCAAAGCCGGUGUACGCCCUCUGUUGCGCCAUCACCUCACCAGGAGGUGGCACCGCAGUCACCACCGACCACCAAUGAAAGCCACCAGGGCGCAGAAGAAGAGUCACCAAGCGAGACAGACACUCGUACAACGGAACCCGGCAAUUCUCAGCCCCUCGGUCGAGAUCCUGCGGUGCCCCAUCCAAAAUACGGCCUUGAGCCUUCUGUCAUAACCCCGACGUCUUUUUCGACUGCUGCGGUAAGCAACUCACUUGAGCAUCCUGGAAGUGUUUUGGCAGAAGCAUCGGAGACGACGGCGGACUCGGACCUCAUCCCCCUAAAAAUGGUCGAUUUUUCCCAAACGCCAUCCUCCAAUUCCCAAGGUACGAUUGCCCCGCUGUCGCCAAACCAGAUUUCAGCCGUCGUCCCGACAGUUGCUGCUGCCCAAAAUAAGUGUACGUUACCCGCGUCUUCCUCCGCCGGACUUCCUCAAGGGAAAAACGACGCUACCUUGACAACAGCGGAUCCCUUUAUGACGUCGGAACCAACGGUCGGCUCAACGGAGCAAAGCCCGGCAACAUUGUCAACUGUGAAUGUACCGCAAAAGUGUUUUCCACUCCUUCCGGUCAUUCGACUGAAGAGGCUAUCGUAUCCGGUAUUGUCCAGUGGAUCCGUUUCGGUUUCACAGCUGCUUUCUCGUGAAAGCAAAUCUGAAGUUGUCCCACCGGACUGCACCUCAUCUUUGGUCAACGACCAGGCACCAAAGACGAUGCCGCGUCCAUCCGGAGCGACUGCAUCAUCAAGCGGCGCGCGUCCCGAAACCAAAAAUGCGUUUGUUGCUCAAACUUCAAGUGUCUCUUGGGUGUCGGAGAAGGCGGGGCCAAGCUCCGCUUUGAGAGAGGCAGCGGCCCCUGCUUUGUCUGCUUCCAUUGCGUCUGAACCAGUCUCGGAGAAAACCGUAGACCUUGGCAAGACCGGGCUUUCCGCCGAAUCUCACCGAGCGUGUAAGACGGUUACUGCGGAUGAGAAAGGAAUCGGCGAUGUGGAAAAGGACUUGCUAUCACAAAAUGACUUUUCAAAUCCUCUCCAAUCAACCCCGAUCACCAGGGACCUACCUGAACCUCGUUUACAACUGAGGAAAACCGAGUUCCUUGCACGGUUGGCAGUGACGCCUGUCAUUCAAGACGCCAAAAAGACUUCGAGCUCGGAGUCUGCGGAUGGCCAUAGCUCCCGUCAAGGGUCCGGUCGCAGUCGCAUGAGCAAGUCCCACAGAAAAUCCUUUUUGGCCCGUCUCGGCGUUCACCUGAAAGCGUGCCUGCGGGCUAAAAGAGCCAAAACAAAUGCGCGGGCACUUACGGAAGAAAUGGAUAUCCCUGGAAGGUCCACCAAGAACCCGAGAUUAGAGAACGCUGGCAAGAAUGGACACGAGUCCACACACGAGCCUGGUCCUCUUCCCACAAGUCACACAGCCAGUUCCUUGAGUCCCGCUGGGCCACGAAGCGAAAUGGAAUUUUCCCCAGCGAAUCUUGGCAAUCGGCGACGUACAAAUUUCGGUUCGCCCGAAAAUAAGACUCCAUUUGAGGCUGCGUCUGUUACCCGCCGCAAACCAAUUGUGAGUUUGUAUAGGCUAGCCCUAAAGUCAAACUCAAGUCCGGUUCAAAACAUCACCAUCCCUUCGAAGACUAAAUUCCCAGCUAAGACUCGUAAGAGGUCUCUCUCGCCAAAACAAAAUGCCAGUGUUGAAAAAAUCCGUGCAAAUUGUUCUCCGAGCCCGUCUGCCCGUGCAAAGACUUUGCCUUCUCCUCCAAGGAUGAAAUCAAUCGGAGCCCGUCCUCCACCCCGGUUAACUCCCGUCAGUCAGGCUGAUUCCCGUUCAAUUCCAAAUGACCCCAGACCUCAACCUUGCCAUUCCAACUCUUGCAUCUUCUCGAGAGGAGAGAAAACCUGCAAGCAAGAAUCGGAUACGUUCCUGGGCAAAACCGCUUCUCCAAAAUGGACUGAAAAUGGGGCUGGUUCCAGUAAGAUUGAAGCAGCUACUGCCGAGAAUUCCAGUUUGAAUCAAAAGUCUCCUGCGGAAGAAGAUAACGAAGCAAUGCCGCCGGAGCCUCGAGCCGCCGUGCCGCCCAUGCGCCCUCGAUCCGGCAAUGGGAAGAAGCUGCUGAAGAACCAGUGCGAGGACUGCGGCCGCAUUCUGAGCAGCAGCGCAGCCCUGGAGAGCCACGUCAGUCUCCACACCGGCCACCGGCCCUUCCCUUGCGCGCGCUGCGGCAAGAGCUUCCCCGACGCCAGGGGUCUGAAGCGGCACGGGCACGUCCACUGCAACGGCAGGCUCCAUAUUUGCCAGCAGUGCGGGAAGGGUUUUGUCUACGGUUUCGGCCUCAACAAACAUCUCCAGAUGGUCCACGGCAAACGGAAGCCCUUUGUCUGCCAGCUCUGCAACAAGGCGUUCUUUACAAAGCGAGACGUGGAGACCCACAUCCGAACUCAUACGGGGGAGAAACCGUACCACUGCCACCUGUGCGAAAAGAAGUUUGUCAGGAGCGUGGAGCUCAACGCUCACCUGAGGUGGCAUCGCGGCGAGAAAAGACACUGGUGCCCGUAUUGCGGGAAAGGAUUUUUCGACCAGAACAACCUCAAGAGGCACAAGUAUAUCCAUACUGGGGAGAAACCACAUUCUUGCCCCCACUGCCCGAAACACUUUACACAGUCGGGACACUUGAAGAAGCAUGUUAAAAAUGUGCAUAAAGUGCAAUGAUGAGUGAGCCUGUAGGAAUCUUUUCAUACUAAUGUCUCUUAUGAUAGCUUUUUUUUUGGGGGGGGGGCGGGUAACAAUAACUGGUCUCGGUUCAUUACUUAUUGUAAGUCCGGCGUAUGUUAGUUUUAUUGACAGAAUGUGUAAAGCGAUGAAAUGAAUCGACAUUUCUGCCGUGUUUGUCGUAGACGCUAAAGGCCUGGAAACGUUCUCAGAAACGUUUGCAGCAAUCCGGAUAGCUGUCGGUGGAUGAGGCGCCUCGAACGGCAAGCUCAUCAAAUCGACAAAUGUUUACAUGCGGGUGCUGAUAAGAAAUGGAUGGUUGAAAAAUUGGGUGCUUGUUUUUAGAUAGGCCGUUUUUCUCCAGUGGCUCAAUGAAAACGGGCCGCUCCACACGUGUGAUGGAUCCGAUGCGGAUUUUGUGUCAGCGUUUACAACUUGUGUGCGAAGAAAGAACUUAUCUCCUAAUUUCUUUGUGAUCGAGGCUCUCGCUCUCUUUGAUGAUGCAGUGUGAAUGGUUGAACAAAGAGCCCGCUUGGGGUCUCUGUCUCAAGUGAUGAUUUUGGAGCUGUGAGGGUUCCGUGGUACGUAUUUAUUAUAUAAAUAAACAUGAUAAAUAAAUGGAAGGCACAAAGAAUUCCCAUUCUUUUCAUGUCACCAAAAGGAAAAUGCUAUAUUGGGACCAAUAUAAGUAUGGAAAAUGACCUGUAUCAGGAUAUACGUUUGGACCAUAUGCCACACUUUAAGGUUGAGUGCGUUUUUUUUUGUACAAGUACUAAAUUGCAUUUUUGCGUUGUUUCGCAAAAUGCGUUUCUAUGGUGACCAAUCCAAUAUACUCUCAACAGCA